AUGUCCUCUUUUCCUAAAAUCAAGUCGGUAAAGACGUACCUUUUGGAUGGAAAAGGGAUCGGUGGAGACUACCACAAUGUCGAAAAUGGACACUGGCUCGUUGAUAGCGAUAUCUCCAACCCCAUGUCUAAGUAUGCAGAAUACGGUAAAUCCAGGGUGUCUUGGGGUAUCAACGUUUUGGGUUCUUUCUGUGUUGAGAUUGAGGCUACAGAUGGCAGCACAGGUUUCGCCACUGGUUUCGGAGGCCCACCAUCUUGUUGGUUAGUCAAGUCCCAUUUUUUUAAACUCUUGCAGGACGCCGAUUAA